UAUUCUGAUUCCUUUCUAAUGCUUCUUGAUUUAAGACAGACAUUGCCAUUGUAAAAUCCCCACCUCUCUCUCCAUUCCCCAUUUGGGUCCUCUGUUUUUCCUCUGUUUCCAAAUUUUCUUUUCCUAGAUGAAUUCUCAUUAAAUUGUAGAGAGUCUUGUGUAUUCUUGAGCUCAAACUCAGAUGAGAUGAAGUGGGGGAUGGAGAUUCUGUCGCCAGCAUCCAAUCUUUCGAACUCGAAUUGGUUGUUUGAAGAGAGCAGGAGCACAAAUUGGACCCCGGCAGAGAACAAGUUGUUUGAGAAUGCUCUGGCGGUGUACGAUAAGGAGACGCCGGAUCGGUGGCAGAGAGUGGCUGCCAUGAUACCGGGGAAGACGGUGAGGGAUGUGAUGAAGCAAUACAAGGAAUUGGAGGAUGAUGUUAGUAGUAUAGAAGCAGGGUUGGUUCCAAAUCCUUGGGACAAUUCAUCCCCUUUUACAUUGGAAUGGGGAAAUAGUGAUGGAAUUUGUGGGUUCAAGCAGUCAUAUAGUCCCGUCGGAAAGCGAUCCUCGGCGGGUCGGGUUUCGGAACAGGAGAGGAAGAAAGGGGUUCCGUGGACAGAAGAAGAGCAUAAGUUGUUUCUGAUGGGACUUAAAAAAUACGGAAAAGGAGACUGGAGGAACAUUUCGCGCAAUUUUGUGAUCACUAGAACACCAACUCAGGUGGCUAGCCAUGCCCAAAAGUACUUCAUCAGGCAACUUUCCGGUGGGAAAGACAAGAGAAGAGCUAGCAUUCAUGACAUAACAACAGUAAACCUCAAUGAAGAUCAAACUCAUUCACCGGAUAAUAAAAAACCUCCUUCGCCGGACCAAUCCUCCACGCUUACCCAACAGCAGAAUUCUGCUUCCAUGCCCAAAACAACCUUUCAAUGGAAUCAUCCAAUGGAUUUCAACCAAACACAUGGAAACAUGUUCAUGAAUCCCUAUGGGAUUAACUCAUAUGGGAUUAAAAUGGAGUGUCCGGAUCUGCCAGUAAGUGUUAACCAUGAAUCUUAUGUUGGACCCCAAAACAUGGUUUUUCAGAUGCAAUCUGCUCAUCACUAUCCUAAUGGAUGAGACAACUGUUGUUGUAUUGAAUGUUCUCAAUGGUUCAAAAUGUAUCAUCUUCUUUCAGUUCCAGUAUAGAUUGCCUGUGUAUUGUGUUUUGUGAAUAUGUUAUUUGGGCACUUGAGUUAGUCCUUGGUAUUGGAAAAUGAGAGAGAACAGGAUUAUAUAUAUCUUGCUUGGAUUGGAACUUCAAAUUCUGAAAUGUGAUAAUGAAACAAGACAUUCUCAAA